AUGUCUACAUUUGAUGGCUAUAUGGAAGAAUUUCCUGAAAUUUCGAUCGACUUUUUCAAGCCUCUUCCUGGUAAAAAGCCCCCACUGGCAUGCUUCCUAAGCCACGCCCACAAAGACCACAUGCGAGGGCUUGAGUCCUUCAAAUCUCCGUUCAUAUACUGCUCGCCUGCUACACAAAAUUUACUUCUGAACCUCGAGACACGUGCAGAUCGGCAGAACGCCUUUGAUGGCAUCCUCGAAUGCAGAGUCAAGACAUACAAACAUUUGCGAAAGGUAGUCAAAACUAUUCCCGUCGAUAUUCCAACCACAAUUGAGCUUAGGCACGGCUACUCGAUCAGGGUCACUUUGCUCGAUGCCAAUCAUUGCGUAGGUGCUGUUAUGUUCCUCAUCCAAGAUGUGUCUAAGACUGUCCUAUACACUGGUGAUAUCAGAUCUGAGCCAUGGUGGGUCGAAACACUCACACGUCAUCCUGUCAUCAUUCCCUAUGCACAUGGCUUAAAGACUAUCGACAGGAUCUACCUGGACACUACGUUCGCGACCAAAGACGAAAAGUAUCGUCAAUUCCCGUCUAAAGCGGGAGGUAUUGCAGAGCUCCUUGAGAAGGUCUUCAGCUAUCCUGCAGACACAGUAUUCCACUUUCUGGCGUGGACGUUUGGCUACGAGGACGUCUGGCGUGCACUCAGUCAUGCCCUAAAUUCGCAGAUACAUCUGGAUGAAUACCGGUAUAAUCUAUAUCAGUCUCUUGCUUUCAAGAAUGCCAAUGCAAAGUCCAGUUCGAAAUUGUGUCCGGACUCAAGCCAUAAUUUGAAUCCAUGUCACGAGAGCCCGGCACUUUCAGGCUUCAGUGUAGGUCACCAUUCUCAAGAGGGUUGUCUUACCAAAAAUGCAUCGGUGCGCCUCCAUUCUUGCGAGCUCGGGACGAAAUGCGGCGCACUAGAGUCUCCUAACACUGUUUUCAUACGCCCUAUAGUGAGUCGUGAUGUGAAGGGCCAUAUUCUAAUAGAGCCUGGCGCUAUGAGUGGCGGGAGAGAUCCCACUGAUGAAGUUGGAGCCGAAUCAGCAUUGCGAGAUCGUAGCGAACAAUCUUUGACAGGGACUUGUGAUGCUGAAGCUGGCGAUGACGGCCCAAAAAUCAUAAGGUUCCCAUACUCUCGCCACUCAUCGUAUGCUGAACUCUGUCACCUCCUUGAAGUCCUUCGACCGCUCGAUGUGUACCCGUGUACCGCGGAUGAAAGAAGCUGGUCACAAGGAAUGACCAUGCAAAGUCUUUUCGGUCAAUAUUGCCAGCAUGAUAUUCUGGCUUAUGACGAGGAGAUGAAAAACCGCCAACAGGAAGAAUUAAAGACUGCGAUAGAUGUAGAACAAUAUAUCGUUGAUCCUGGCCGCUUACAAUCGUCUGAACUGAGAGCUCAUACAAUUAUCCAAUCCUGGUCGAUGGAUAAGGAUGGUCAAAGUCUCGCGAAGGCUAGUCAUGUCAGAUUGCCUAGCAGCCAUGACAGCCCAACAGACUAUACCCAUCAUAACCACCAGACAGCUCCAACGAAUGUAGAACACAUACUUAUAGAACUAUUCGAAUCUUCAUCCAGAGCUGUGGAAGUCCCAACCAACUUGCACGUGGAGGCAAUUCGUAGCAAUUUUCUUGAUCGCUUUAGGGUACUAUCAGCGGAUAGGCAAAAACUACCCCAGAGAGCUACGAGGCCCCAACGAACCAGCAUUGGAAGUCGAGAGCAAAGCAGGUUAGAGAGAUUUGUCGAUGGCCAGCAAACACAGUCCCAGCGCGGAACAGCAACAAGCACGCCCAGAAGAUAUCUACCUUCAGGCGACAAAUCUAGCAAUCGGUCGGACGACACGAUAAGUGAGAUUGCCCAAAAUGUAGGGACGUGCGAUUCUCUGAGUGACGCAGCGUUUGGUUCACAGACAUCAGGAUCUUCGGUUGAGGUUCGAAGGAAGAGGAAGCGGAGGAGAACAGUCUAUGGGAGCGCGAGUGAGAUACUUACUACGAGUAAUGUGGAGUUUGGGAUUAUGUCUGCAGGCGAAUUCCAUCAAGAGGACGAUGACGAGUUGUAA